AUGGGAAACGAACAGAGCUUUGAGGGCCAAGCCAUACCGGAGAAUGGGCUCCGGCUGUCCACCCUGUGCCGGUACCAGGCUGAACCAGGCGACGAGGACGGGUUGGCGUUUUCGUGGUUCCAGGCGUCGACCGACGUGUCCGGGCUGGUCCUAAGGGGGGCGCACCGCUACGGCUACGUCCUCUCGCACGUCGGGGGGCAGCGGCUGUUCAAGGACACGCGGCAGCGCUUCUUCGUCCUCCUCGACCACUACCUGUGUUUCUUUGACUCGCACUCCCCUGAGGCCCGAAUGAAAGGCAGCAUCGACCUAGACAAGACGCACUGCCACAUCGAGCUGCUGCCGAGGCCUCCGGAGACUGUCGACACCAUCCUUCAGGUCGGUGGCGGCAGCGGUAGCAGCAGCGAAGGCGACGAGCACCGCGUGGAAGUCACGCGCAGGACGGACGAGUUCUCGAUGGUGCUUUGCUUCUCGAGCGCGACCUCCCUCUCGGACUGGAUGAAGUCCGUCUUCGACGUCCAGCAAAGAAAAGCCACUUUCAGCCCGCUGAGGCACGGUACCGGCGGCGGGGGCGGGGGCGGCGGUAUCAGUAGCGAAGGCGGCGAGUCUAGCAGUGAUGGCUCCGACUCGUCGUCCGAUCUGCCCGGGUCGCUUCCGCGCGCACCAACCUACAUCAAUAGCAGAGGCAACAACAGCAGUGGGAUCGCUAGUAGCGGGAGAGGCGGCGAAGGGGGCGGGGGCGGGGGCGGUAUCGGCACCGGUAACAGGCAGGGCCGACGCCGUGGCGGCCGUCGAAGGGGGCGCCGCCGCGGGACCCUCGGCUCCCCCCCGCCGCGUCCGCCGAGGGGGGGCGGGGGUGGGGGGCUCCGCGGCGUACCCUCCUCAUGGGCGGACGAUAUCGACAUCCGCGCCAACGAAGGAGGAGGAGGGAGGACGGGAGAAGCCGAGGAUGCCCCGCCGUUACGGCUGCGGCCGCGCCACAUGUCAACGCCGACGUCUUCGGCGGUGAGGCUGGGGAAGGCGUCGGAGCGGCUCGCGGGACUCCCGCGGGGGGGCCGCGCGGCCGGCAACAACGCCUCCUCCUCCAGCAGCAACGUCAGCGGCUGCAGCCUGGACGAGUACGGCGCGUUCACGACGGCGCAGGCGAGCAUCUACGAGGGCUGGACGCGGGGGCUCCAGCCCCACGGCUGGGGACGGAUGGUCUUCGCCAACGGCGACCGUGUGGAGGGCUGGUGGGAGCACGACGUCCUGCACGGGAGCGCGGAGUACACGAGCCGGCAGGAGGGCUGGACCUACAGCGGGGGUUACGAAAAUGGGGAGAGGCAUGGCCCCGGGAGGCUCGUGUUCUCGUCGGCGGGAGGCGGCGACGUCUGGGACUGCGAGUGGGACCGCGGGGUCGUCGCGCGGGGUUCCCGCGGAACGCACGCUACGGCGGACGGGGAGCUGUACCAGGGGGGGUGCGGGCCCUCCGCGGCGGACCCCGCGAUGCCGGUGAGGUCGGGGCAGGGGCGGCUCCGGCGGCGUGACGGGGGCCAGGUGGACACGCGGUUCCGCGCGGGCAGGGCGGUGGACGGGGCUAAGGGCGUGGUCAGGUUCCGGAACGGAGCCAUAUUUUUCGGGGAGCUGCAGGAGGCCCGGCCACACGGGAGGAGCAGCAGGAGAAAACCAAGAGGUUCGCUCGCGGAGCUACACGAGAUGGCGAGGGACGUGCUGUGGUACAAGGGCGAUUUCCGCCUUGGGAAGCCACACGGCUCCGGCGUAAUCAAGUACAAGGACCCGGCUCCAUCGCUUCCAGCGGACAGAGGGGUCGGCGGAGCCGUGGCGGAAGAGGAACGGGGAGGAGCAGGGGCGGGGCCGCCGGGCCGCCCGCGUGUCCGAGCCUCGUGCGAGAGUAAGGACGAGUACGACGGGGAAGGCGGAGAGCCGGAGGCGAAGCAGGGCGGCGCGGAGCAGGAGGAGGAGGAAGAAGAAGACGAGGAGGGAGAGGAGGAGGAGGAGGAAGAGGAGGAGGAGGAGGAGGUGGCGGUGCCCCUUGUUGUGGGCGCGACGGACCAGGACCUGCUUGAGGAGGACGAAUGCACCAGCGACAGCGAGGAGGAGGAGGACGAUGAAGAGGAGGAGGAGGAGGAGGAGGGAGACGGAGGAGGAGAGCGAAGGCGGGGACUGCGGCGGAGCGGCAAUAGCAGAAGAGGGGCGUUGCCGGAAGGUGGCGAGGAGAAAGCAGCCACCGCGUUGGCGGCGCGAAGGGGUCAGCGAGCGCCGGCGGAUGGCAGCGGCGGCACCGGUGGUGGAGGUGGUGGCGGCGGGGGCGGCAGCGGGGCUGAUAUGGAGUACGAGGCCGAGUUCGUUGACGGCGUUAUGGUGCGGCAUGAUGCCGAGCACCUUCGGCUGGCGGCGCUCAGAUUCGGCCGGGCCGAAAUCCGAAGGCUGGAGACCCUCCUUAAGAAGGAAGAGGACGCCAUGUCAAGGCUGCGCGUGAAGGGGCUUUGCCUGCUGUGCAACGUGGAGGAGAUGAACGCGCUCCUCGUUGCGUGCCGCCACAAGGUGCUCUGCAUGGGGUGCGCCAGCCGCGCGGACAGGUGCCCCGUCUGCAACGAGACCAUCGGCAAGGUCGUCCGGACGUACAGUACAUGA